AUAAAGUGCACCAGCAGACCACAGGAAAGCCACGCAGCAGUUCACCCUCAGCAGCUGAGUAGUAAGAUGCUCUGCCGAGUUACUGAAGGACUUCCCUCGUCACCACCGAGGGUAACAGUGGCGGUGGUGGUGAUGAUGGUAAUCCAAGCUGACCCCGCCACGACGACUUUCCUGCAGAGACUGACAGAGGAAGAGCUUGUGUUGUCUGUGAUAGUAAACCAGAUGGCCAUACUGCGGAUUAUGAACGAGUCUUCCUCCCUCUGUGCCCGCGAAGUUGACGCGCACCUGGAACAAGGAAUGAGCGAGCUGCGAGCCAUGAAUGAACAGAUGCUGGAGACCAAGAUGCAGGCAAUGAAUGACCAGGUGAUGAGUAAACUGCAUGGCCUUGAGGAGACGGUAAACACCACUGUGGAGGCCAUGGAUGUGCAGAUCAGUAUGAUUGAGAAUGUGACAACGAACAUUAAGGAGGUAGAACAAACGACAGCGGUGGUCCACAACAUUCCAAGAAUGUCACUAUGCGUUGGACACAAAGAGCUGCACGAGACUGAAGGAUUACUAAACCUCGAACUGGAGCGUCCUACAGCUCACAGAUGUUCCUGGGUGGUGACGCUGCCGGAGGGAACCCAUCCUGUAUUCGAAUGGAUUGACUUUGAUAUGUUUUGUUCCUCAUGCAAUUGUGGUUCUGUCACUUUUAAGCAAGAUAUUCCAUCGUCGGAAGAUAUUCCUUUGUAUUCGCCAGUACACGACCGUCGGCAGGGGAGAUAUGUGCAGGUUGCUGGGCCAUUCUGUGGCCGCUCUCCGCCUACACCACUUGUGAGCGAGAUGGGAGUCUCCAGCAACAAGUUUCAAGUCUCAUUCAGUAGCAAACGCUCUUCGCGGUACCGAGGAAGAAGGGGAUUCACACUCUCCUACAAAGCUGUGCUCGAUGCUUGACUUUUUGUCCGGAUAUUUUCCCAACACCGCUAUCUCAGUGCCGGUAAUCAGUAGACGAUGUCCCUGUCCUCAAUAAAACAAUUGAACUGAAAA